AAAGGUGUUGCCUCACAUCACAUGAUAGCAAACAAAACGGCAUAGCAAGACAACGAUCGAGGGCGCACACAACACAAGUUCCCGCGUAGAAUCACGAUGGCAGAGAACGAAAUCCAAAUCCAAAUCCGCACCCUAACCGGCGAAUCCACCACCGUUCCCAUCACUCCGGCCACCACCGUCCACCACCUCAAGCUCCUCCUCUCCCACUCCUUCCCCCCCGCCACCACCUCCCCCAACUUCCACCUCUUCUUCAAGGGUCACAAACUGCGACCGCACACUCAACUCGCCACUUUCCCCAUCCAACGCACCGAGUUUCUCGUCCUCGUUCCCUUCGCCAAGAAGGAGAAGGAACCUCCUCCACCGCCCCAACCGGUUACCGCUCCAGCCUCCUCCUCUCUCGCCGACUCCACCUGGUCCUCCAUAAUGGACGAUUUGUCGCACUUGCGCCACGCCACCGGGAGUUCCGGUAACGCGUCGGAGGCGCCAACCGAAAAGCGUUUGGGCCCCGAGAAGCCCAUAGAGCUUCCGUAUCAUCUCAUAUUGAACACGCUGCGGGACGACGGCGGCGGCGACGGCGCUCUCGGCGACCACAAUUGCGAGGUUUUCGCGAAGGUCUUGGAGUCGGUGAGUUGUUUAUCGGACCUGCCUCUCGGACACUGCAAGCUGUUGAGACGAGCUCGUUCGAAAGGAGGGAGAGGAUGUGUUGGUGAUGGUGCCGCGUGCUUGUGUCCACCGUGGCUGAAGAUUGCAGUGAAGGCGUUUGCUUUUGUUAAUGUUUUUUCAGCGUUUCUUUAUUUGCAGCGCCGGAGGCUGACCUCGAUUCUCAUGGAAAAGGCGUUUAAUGAGCUUGCGAAGUUUGGGGUUGAACUUGGCGUUGGUGACAUAGAGCAUCUUUCGCUUCUUUGUCCUCAUCUGGUAUGUUUUGGUGAUGAUGUAGACAAGACUAGUUUUGGUGAUGUUAUUGUGAUUGUUAACUGUUCAACUUGCAUUGAAGAUCAAAGUGAAGAGAAUCCUAAAAGAGUGCGCAAGUGGAUGUAUGUUUCAAAGAUUGUCAGUACAUUGAAGAGAAGGGACAGUUCUUUCCGGAAACAUGUCGGGUGGGCUUUUGAGCAGCUGCCGUUUGAAUUUGGAGAUGAGAUGACUGUGGGAAUUUCCAUGGAAGAGCUUCUAGCAGCAGUCAAGGGCUGUGAUUUUGUUGGAAAAGAAGACAAAUCAAAGCGUGUAAAGAGAAGCAAAACUACCUCAAAACCUGACUUAAACCAUACUGGGUGUCAUGACACAAAGUCUUUACUAGCUCUAGACAUGAUUGAUCAUCUUAAGAAAGGCAUUGGAUCCGAAGGACAGAUUGUGCAUAUCGAAGACAUAUGUGCCAGAAAAGCAAUUUACAGUGAGUUCCCAAUUGAACUAUCUGAGAAAAUGAGAUCUGCACUAAAGUGUAUUGGAGUUUCCAAAUUUUACAGUCACCAGGCAGAGUCUAUACAAGCAUCCCUUCAUGGCAAAAAUGUUGUGGUGGCUACAAUGACAUCUAGUGGUAAAUCCCUUUGCUAUAACCUACCAGUUCUUGAGGUUUUGUUCAAGGAUUCAUCUUCAUGUGCUCUAUACAUAUUUCCCACAAAGGCAUUGGCUCAAGAUCAACUAAGAGCUUUGUUACGCAUGAGUAAAGGAUUUGAUAUAGAUUUCAAUAUUGGUAUAUAUGAUGGUGACACUUCUCUCAGUGAGAGGACGUGGCUACGUGACAAUUCUAGAUUGUUGAUCACAAAUCCGGAUAUGUUACACAUAUCAAUCUUGCCCCACCAUCGACAAUUUAGUCGGAUUUUAUCAAACCUAAGGUUUGUGGUAAUUGAUGAAACUCAUACUUACAAGGGAGCAUUUGGAUGUCAUACUGCGCUAAUAUUGAGGAGGCUAAAACGACUCUGUUCACAUGUAUAUGGAUCUGUUCCUUCUUUUGUUUUUUCUACCGCAACUUCUGCAAAUCCUCGGGAGCAUUCCAUGGAACUAGCAAAUUUAUCUACGCUGGAGCUAUUUCAAAAUGAUGGAAGUCCAUCUGCUAGGAAACUUUUUGUCCUUUGGAAUCCUGCAUUGCGUCCAAAAGCUAUCAUUAAAAAAGCUCAGUUUGCUAUGAGUACUGAUGAGAUUGCAGAUGAAAGUGUUAAUUUUGUUCGUUCAAGCCCAAUUGUGGAUGUUUCACGCCUUUUUGCAGAAAUGGUUCAGCAUGGUCUUCGCUGUAUUGCAUUUUGUAAAUCACGGAAACUUUGUGAGCUUGUUUUAUCCUAUACACGUGAGAUUCUUCAUGAGACAGCCCCACAUCUGGUGGAUUCCAUAUGUGCAUAUCGUGGUGGCUACAUUGCAGAGGAAAGGAGAAAAAUAGAGAGUUCAUUUUUUGGUGGUAAAAUAUGUGGUGUUGCUGCAACUAAUGCUCUUGAGUUGGGCAUUGAUGUUGGAGAAAUUGAUGCCACUCUGCAUCUAGGAUUUCCUGGUAGUAUUGCAAGCUUGUGGCAACAAGCGGGUAGAGGUGGGAGGAGAAAUAGACCAUCACUUGCUGUCUAUGUUGCAUUUGGUGGGCCUCUUGAUCAAUACUUCAUGAAACAUCCCAAGAAACUUUUUGAAAGACCAAUUGAAUGUUGUCAUGUUGAUUCCCAAAACAAGCAGGUUCUUGAACAACAUUUGGCCUGUGCAGCUCAUGAACACCCUCUGAAUGUGAGCUAUGAUGAGCAAUAUUUUGGUCCUUGCUUGGAGAGUGUUAUAAUUUCUCUAAAAGCUAGAGGAUACUUGAGUUCUGCUCUAUCAUCUGAUUCUUCUAAAAUAUGGAACUACAUUGGUCCUGAGAAAUUACCUUCACAUGUUGUCAAUAUCCGAGCAAUAGAAACUGUAAGAUACAGUGUUGUAGAUCUGAAAAAAAAUGAAGUCCUUGAAGAGAUAGAGGAAAGCAAGGCAUUCUUUCAGGUAUAUGAAGGUGCUGUGUAUAUGUGCCAGGGGAAAACUUAUUUGGUUGAAAAAUUAGAUCUAUCCAACAAAACUGCUUUCUGCAAAGAGGCUGAUCUAAAGUAUUAUACAAAGACUCGAGAUUACACUGAUAUUCAUGUCAUUGGGGGUAAUAUUGCUUAUCCAAUCAAGGUAGAAACCAACAUGUUUCUGAAAUCAAAUGCCCGGGCUGAUGUAUGCAAAGUAACAACUACUUGGUUUGGCUUUUAUCGUAUUUGGAGAGGAAGCAAUCAAAUCUUUGAUACUGUUGACCUUGCACUUCCUCAAUACUCGUACGAGUCACAGGCAGUUUGGGUUCCUGUGCCACAGCCAAUAAAAGAAGCAGUAACCAAGCAAAAUUAUGAUUUCCGAGGAGGCUUGCAUGCUGCUUCACAUGCAAUUUUACAUGUCGUGCCUUUACAUAUCACAUGCAACUUGUCUGACUUGGCUCCUGAGUGUCCAAACCCUCAUGAUAGCCGUUAUUACCCUGAAAGAAUUCUAAUAUAUGAUCAACAUCCUGGAGGGUGUGGAAUUUCAGUACAGGUUCAACCUUAUUUCACAAAGUUUCUGGCAGCUGCACUAGAGCUUCUCACAUGUUGCUGCUGCUCAGCGGAAGUAGGUUGCCCUAAUUGUGUUCAGAGCUUUGCUUGCCAAGAGUAUAACGAGGUUUUACACAAGGAUGCUGCCAUCGUGAUCAUCAAGGGUAUUCUGGAUGCAGGGAACUAGUGCUUGAAAGAAUGUGCUCGUCUAUUCUGAAGGCAAGUAGGGAAAAAGCUCUUAUGAAGUUUUCCUCUUAAAAGUGAAUAAGGAAUUUCAACGAUGAUAACAAAGUUUGAACUAAGAUCUUGUGCAUAUUACUCCAAUAUCUCAUCACUAGGCCCUGGGGUGGAGCCAAAAUUUGGCUUGAGGGGGAUCAAUUUUUUUUAAAUGUAAAUAUUCUAACAUCAUAAAUAAUUUAUUAUCAUUUACACUUUUUUUUUUC